AAGGCUGAGUAAUUUCAUAUGUACUGCAAUAUUUUUCAAUGUUUGUAUUAUCGAGUUAAACUUUUAGUUGGCUGUCGAGUGUCGACGUACAAAGAUUUAGCGAUUUGUUUUUAAAUCUUUUUAAGCUUUAUAGCGUCUUUACAUUCUAGUUUUCCCUGGACUGUUUGCUGAAUUGUCUGGGUCAGGAUCGAGAGAUUGAUUGCGAUGGCUGAUCAUAUGCAUCACAAACCCGUGAAAGGUAUACUGAAGAAAACAGACAGCAUCGAUCCGGGUGAGCAGCCGAGGAGGAAUUCUGCUUCACAAGAGCACAAAGAGAUGAAGUGGGACGAAAUGAAUAUUCUGGCUACGCAUCAUCCUCCUGGCAAAGACUACGGGCAUAUGAAGAUUGAAGAACCUAAAACACCUUUUUCACAUUCGCCACUGCCGCCUGAUCAUGACGUGGACGAUGAUGGCGAUACGGAAAUGCAUGAACCACGUUCCGAGUCGGAGCCCGAUCUUGCUGGACCUUGCGGAAUCAAUGCGGCUUCCCUGACGGAACGUCUAAAUGCUGAACAGAUGGGCCACCAAUGCGCUAAAAUGAUUCGUGUACCGUCUCAUAAUGAUGAAGAUGAGGAGAUUCCGGAUUCGGAGUUAACACCCGAAGAAAGGGAGAAGCGCCGGCAGUUUAAGGAGCAUCGUAAGGAGCACUACAAUGAAUUCCAGAUGAUGAAGAAGGCGAAGGAACUGUUGCAUGAUGAAGGAAUAGAAACCAUGGAGGAUAAUCCGCCGCCGAAUGCUAAAACCUCAUCCACGUAAACAUGUCGUCCAAGCCAGUUUGUGACUUCGCUACAUGAAUUUCGUUAUGGCGGGUUUUAUUACUUAUUCCACUAAUGUUACGAAGAUUGUAUUCUGAUUGUGGACUGCAGCUGUUACACCAGAUAUUCUUGUUGUAUCUGACUUUUAACAUCACGCUUCUCAUGCUUUCAUUUAUAUUAUUUGAAUUUUGCCAGGAAAAUGUCUGCUUUCUGUAAACUUAAUGCUAUACAAACGUUUUGUGUGAAUGUAAAUGUUGCUGUUGGUCUACUUACAA